ACAUGUGUCACAAGACAACGUUCAUCAUCUAUCAAAAAAAAAAAAGUUUCAGCAGGAAGUUUGUGAUGAAAUUUUAAAUAAAAUUUGUCAAUAUCAUCCUUGCCAGUUGUAUUUAUCGCUCUGAAAACGAACCAUAAUGGAGAAAUAAGCCAUUUUCGAAGUUGUCAAAUUCACAAUUUUUGCUCGAAUGUGUUUCGUUGCUACGUAAAAUCUGUUCACAUACGACACUACCACUCGGAACCCGCAUCUCUUGUUUAUAAGAGAAAAGUGAUUCUAAGUGCCGAUCAGACUGUUACAUUAUCGAGAUGUCGUGGGUCCGUGACAGUAAUUUGACGUGGAUUCAACGAUUCGCUGUGAGGGUGAUGAGAUCGGGUCCGAUACCCGGCCAUGUAGCAUUCAUUAUGGACGGUAAUCGGCGUUUCGCUACGAAAACACAUCUCAAAAGUAAAUCCGAUGGCCACGUCAAGGGCUUCGAUAAGUUGGCCGAGGCUCUGCAAUGGUGUUUGGAUGUGGGCAUAAAAGAAGUGACGGUGUAUGCAUUUAGCAUUGAAAAUUUCAAGCGCAGUAAAGAGGAAGUGGACACUUUAAUGAGAUUGGCCAAAGAAAAGUUUGCAAAAUUAAUGGAAGAAAAGGACAAAUUAAACGAACGUGGUAUCUGCAUCCGGAUCGUAGGAAAUAUGUCGAUGUUACCGAUCGAUUUGCAACAGAUUAUGGCCGAAGCAAUUUUAUUAACCAAAGACAAUUGUCGAGCUGUAUUGAAUGUAGCAUUUGCUUACACAUCACGAGAUGAAAUUACGGAAUCGAUUCGUGCUGUUUGCAAUGGUGUUAACGAUAAGGAACUAGAUGUAGAUGAUAUUAGCGAAGAAUUGAUAAGGCGAUGCAUGUAUACAAACAGAUCAUCCGAUCCCGAUUUAUUGGUGCGUACUGGUGAAUCAAGGCUAUCCGAUUUUAUGCUGUAUCAGUGCUCAACAACCGUCAUCUACUUCACCGAAACUUUAUGGCCAGAAUUCACUAUCUGGCACUUGUUGGCUGGCAUCUUUUACUAUCAACAAAAUCAACAAACAAUGACAACUGCCAGAAGAUAUAUCAACAGUUACGUUGAGAAGCCAGCGCCGACUGCCGAUAAAGAACGCAUUGAAGCGUUUGUAAAUCAGUUUGAGAAGAGGCGCACCGAACAUUUAAAGAAUUUAGUUAGGAACGGUAAGAUGAAUCGUACAUUUGAAAUUAACGAAUUAACGAAAGUGGAUCAAUAGGCUCAUUUUGGUAGUAAAUUAAUUUAUUGGGUACGAUCACUAAACGAGCAAUCGAUGUAAAAUAAAGUGAUUCAAAACAAUGAACUGCUCUGUUUGGAAAAGCUAUAACUUUGAACUGAUCGACAUGAACAAAUUAAAUUUAUAAAUAUUGUA